AGGAGUGAUCACAUGCAGUGCACAUGAGGAGCAGAGUUCAUGCAAAAGUCACAUGGUGCCUUGAGAGUGUCUUUACACAGACACGAGAUCUGAAACAGGAUGACAUGGUGGUGCUCUGUGGUAAAGCACUCAGUGUUUGUGGACUGAUUAGAAAAGCUGCCUCACAGCAACGAGGUGAAGGUAGAAAGUGUGUGUAAGCUGAUGUGGAUGUGAAUUCAGCAGCAUGGAUCAGUGUGAGGACAGAGAGGGGGGAGUCCCUCCCUCUAAAACCACUCUGUGUGGGGAACAUGAGAGCCAGACCAAAGCUCAGAGGAACCAACCUGGACCUGAACCCAGCUGUCCAUCCAUAAAGAGCGACCGGUCCAAGGGUAUCAUUACAAAAUUUAAACAAAGACAGUCAAAUGAUAAAAUAAUCCAUCAGAAAAUCAAAUGUGGACCUGAACCAACCUGUGCAUCUUUAAUGAGCAACAGCUCAAAGGAUUUUGAGGUUCAUUUUAACGGACAACAUUCUCCUGCACAGAGUGUGGGCCAGGAGUUCCUGGAGGUUCCCCGUGGUCAGUCUGCCCAGCAGCAUAAAAUACAGUUGAAAUCCAUAUUUGUGUUGCUAGAAGACAGCAUUUUGACAUUUGUGAAGAAUGAGCUGAAUAAGAUCCUAAGGGUUCUUGGUGCACAUGACCUUGAAUGUUUAGAGGGUCAGAGGGACAUUGUGGACAUGUUGGAGGGUGAUGAUGAAGAGCAGAGGAGGAGCAUCACAGAGGCAUUUGUAAAGAUCACGCUUCACUUCUUGAAGAGAAUGAAGCAGGAUGAGCUGGCUGAGCAUCUUCAAAGCAACAUGUUUGCUCCAGUUUGUCAACAUAAUCUUAAAUCUCAACUGAAGAAGAAGUUCCAGUGUGUAUUUGAGGGGAUCGCUAAAGCAGGAAACCCAACCCUUCUAAAUCAGAUCUACACAGAGCUCCACAUGACAGAGGGAGGAACUGCAGAGGUCAAUGAUGAACAUGAAGUCAGGCAGAUUGAAACAGCAUCCAGGAAAUCAGAAAGACCAGAAACAACAAUCAGACAAGAAGACAUCUUUAAUGCCUCACCUGGAAGAGAUGAACCAAUCAGAACAGUGUUGACAAAGGGAGUGGCUGGCAUUGGGAAAACAAUCUUAACACAGAAGUUUAUUCUGGACUGGGCUGAAGACAAAACCAACCAGGACAUCCAGUUCAUUUUUCCAUUCAGUUUCAGGGAGCUGAAUGUGUUGAAAGAUGAAAAGAUGAGCUUGGUGGAACUCGUUCAUCACUUCUUUACUGAAACUAAAGAAGCAGGAAUCUGCAACUUUGAAGACUUCCAGGUUAUGUUCAUCUUUGAUGGUCUGGAUGAGUGUCGACCUUCUCUGGACUUCCACAAAACUAAAAACCUAACUGACCCUACAGAGUCCACCUCUGUGGAUGUGUUACUGACGAAUCUCAUCAGAGGGAACCUGCUUCCCUCCUCUCGUCUCUGGAUAACCACGCGACCUGCAGCAGCCAAUCAGAUUCUUCCUAGGUAUGUUGACAUGGUGACAGAGGUGAGGGGGUUCACUGACCCACAGAAGGAGGAAUACUUUAAGAAGAGAUUCAGAGAUGAGGAGCAGGCCAGCAGGAUCACCUCUCACAUAAAGACAUCAAGAAGCCUCCACAUCAUGUGCCACAUCCCAGUCUUCUGCUGGAUCACUGCUACAGUUCUGGAGGAUGUUCUAAAAACCACAGAGGGAGGAGAGCUGCCCAAGACCCUGACUGAGAUGUACAUCCACUUCUUGGUGGUUCAGGCCAAAGUGAAGAAGGUCAAGUAUGAUGGAGGAACUGAAACAGAUCCACACUGGAAUAAAAAGAGCAGGAAGAUGGUUGAGUCUCUGGGAAGACUUUCUUUUGAGCAGCUGCAGAAAGGAAACCUGAUCUUCUAUGAAUCAGACCUGACAGAAUGUGGUAUUGAUAUCAGAGCUGCCUCAGUGUACUCAGGAGUGUUUACACAGAUCUUUAAAGAGGAGAGAGGACUGUACCAGGACAAUGUGUUCUGCUUUGUCCAUUUAAGUGUUCAGGAGUUUCUGGCUGCUCUUCAUGUCCACCUGACAUUUAUUAACUCUGGAGUUAAUCUGCUGGAUGACCGAAAUACAAUCUCCAAGUGGUCUAAAUUAUUUAAUAAACCUAAACUACAGUUUCUCCACCAGAGUGCCGUGGAUAAGGCAUUGCAGAGUUCAAACGGACACCUGGACUUAUUUCUCCGUUUCCUGCUGGGUUUUUCUCUACAGACAAAUCAGAGUCUCCUACGUGGUCUGCUGACACAGACAGGAAGCUGCUCACAGACAAAUCAGGAAACAGUUCAGUACAUCAAGACGAAGCUCAGUGAGAAUCUGUCUGCAGAGAAAAGCAUUAGCCUGUUCCACUGUCUGAAUGAACUGAAUGACCAUUCUCUAGUGGAGGAGAUCCAACAGUCCCUGAGUUCAGGAAGUCUCUCUACAGAUAAACUGUCUCCUGCUCAGUGGUCAGCUCUGGUCUUUAUCUUACUGUCAUCAGAAAAAGAUCUGGAUGUGUUUGACCUGAAGAAAUACUCUGCUUCAGAAGAAGCUCUUCUGAGGCUGCUGCCUGUGGUCAAGGCUUCCAACAAAGUUCUACUAAGUGACUGUAGUCUGUCAGAAAGAAGUUGUGAAACUCUGUCCUCCAUGCUCAGUUCCCAGCCCUCUAGUCUGAGAGUGUUGGACCUGAGUAACAAUAAUCUGACUGAUGUUGGAAUAAAGCUUCUAUCUGCUGCACUGGAGAGUUCACUCGGUACACUGGAAACUCUCAGACUAAAUGUCUGUAACCUCUCAGAGAAAAGCUGUGAAGUUCUCUCAUCAGUCCUGACUUCCCAGUCUUCUAGUCUGAGAGAGCUAGACCUAAGUGACAAUGACCUGAAAGACUCUGGAGUGAAGCUACUAUUGACUGGACUGGAAAGUCCAGACUGUAAAAUGGAAACACUCAGACUGAGUAGCUGUAACCUCUCAAAGAGAAGCUGUGAAACUCUGUCCUCAGUUCUCAGCUCCCAAUCCUGUACUCUGAAAGAGCUGGAUCUGAGUAACAACAACCUGGAGGACUCUGGUGUGAAGAUGCUUAAGAAUCCAAAUUGUACAAUUGUCAGGGUGGAGCCUGCUGGAGUCCGAUGGUUGAGACCAGGUCUGAGGAAGUAUUCCUGUCAACUCACAAUUGACGCAAACACAGUACACAGAGAACUUAAACUCUCUGAUAACAACAAGAAGGUGACACAUGUGGAAGAGGAUCAACCAUAUCCUGAUCAUCCAGACAGAUUUGAUCGCUGGCCUCAGCUGCUGUGUAGAGAUGGUCUGACUGGUCACUGUUACUGGGAGGUUGAGUGGAGUGGAGAAGCUCACAUAUCAGUGAGUUACAGAGGAAUCACAAGAAGAGGAAACAUUAACAACUGUUUGUUUGGGAGGAAUGAACAAUCCUGGAGUCUGAGCUGCUUUGAUGAUGGUCCUCGUUAUGUCUGGCACAAUAACAGAAAACUCACUUUCUUGUCAUCAAUCUCCUCCUCCUCUGUCUCUAACAGAGUAGCAGUGUAUGUGGACUGUCCUGCUGGCACGCUGUCCUUCUACAGAGUCUCCUCUGAUGACACUCUGAUCCACCUCCACACCUUCAACACCACAUUCACUGAACCUCUUUAUCCUGGAUUUAGACUUUUAUUUUCUGGUUCCUCAAUAAGUCUGUGUACUUCAGCCUAAGGAGUGUCCUCCUAUUAGAUUAACACUCUGUAUAUUUCUGUCUCUAUCACUCAGAAACGUAUUCAGAUUCAUCAGUUCAAUCAGUUGAAGUUCAUUAUAACGAUUCUUCCAGAUUUUUGUGCAUAUUUAUUGUUAAAGCUUCAUAGUGGAUAUCAAUAUGUUGUGUUUCACCAAAGCUCAGUUUUGAUCCCGUUCAUCUGCAUCUCAAACAAGUAUGAGCUCAUUAAAUGAAUCCAAAUGUUUUAUUUCUGUUUAUUUCAGUGGUUUGUUUUUGUUGGUUUGUUUGGGGUUUUUUUUAUUUUUGGUCAAAAAAAGGUUUUAUAAAAAAAUUCUCAAGUGUUUAAUGUACUUUUUCCCUCCAUAUGGUGUUUCAGUCAUUUUUGGCAGCUCUAAUGGAAGACAGGAAGUUAGCUCCUAGCAAGAGGGGAUUUACACAAGAAAUGUGAUUUAAAUAAUAUUUCAUAUGUCUGUAAUGUUUUAUAUGUAUGACAACAGGACUGUAAGUAAA